AUGGGCCAAGCUGCUACCCUGCCUUGUAGGAGAGGGGAGUCUUAUGUUACUGAGCUGUACGAAUGGUUCAGAAAGUUUAUUAAUGAAUGUCCAAGUGGGCUCAUCACCCUCCAUGAGUUUCAAAAGCAUUUCUGCGAUGGGACUGUGGGCAGAGAGUCAGCCGAGUAUGCAGAACAAAUAUUUCGCACGUUGGACAAUAAUGGGGACGGGGUGGUCGAUUUCAGGGAAUACGUCAUGGCCAUCAGCAUGCUUAUUGAAGGUUCGGCUGUGGAAAAGCUGCGGUGGUCAUUUAAGCUCUACGACAAAGACAGAGACGGAGCCAUUACAAGGGAGGAAAUGCUGGAGAUUAUGCAGGCUGUGUAUAAGAUGAGCGUAGCAGCUGCUUUAACCAAACCCAACCCACUUACAGCUGAGGAAUGCACCAACAGGGUAUUUAUGCGAUUAGAUAAAGACAAUAACGCCAUCAUCAGUCUGGAGGAGUUCAUAGAGGGAGCGCUGGAUGAUGAUUGGAUCAGAGAGAUGCUGGAAUGUGACCCCAGCACUGUGAAGGUGGAGCGGCCCCUGAGGACGGACACCGCUUUGGGGACCCAUGGUUGACCCAAAGUUGGGUAUUCUGUUCACUGAGAUCAGAGGAAUUAAGCAGUCGAUGU